CUACGAGCUCGAACCAACUCCCACACCGACCCGGUAGUAAAUCUCGCGUGGUUUGUUUCCCUGCAUACAAACAGUCGGCUAAUCGUCUUCCACACGCUACUUAUCCAACUGGAACACGCUUGGCAGCGACACCUGGAGAAAGUGAUUUCUGCACAUUCAACAGGACGGCACGGCAGCAACAAUACCCUGGAGGUUGUCUGGUUAAGGACCGGACAUCCUGAGACAAGUGCGGGAAGGCAGGAAAACAAC